AUGCGUAUUUUAAUCAUUGGUGGGGGGAUUGGUGGGUUAAGUCUUGCACACGGACUGCGUAAAGCUGGAAUAGAAGUACGGGUUUUCGAACAACAGGUUGAAAAGGCUGAGAAUUUGGCUGGGUACGGCCUUCACAUCGAUAGAAAUGGCCGACGAGCUUUACGCUACUGCUUGCCGCUUUCCAACUGGACGCGACUCCAGUCGCUGUUGACGUCCGCCGGGACGCAGUUGUUUUUUCGCGACACGCAGCUUCGAGUCUUGGCCGAGAAAAACGACGUCGAGUUAAGUGGAAAGUCAGCACAAGAAGUCGAGCGAAGUGGUGUGGGAAGGUUGGACCUUCGCGACGUGUUGAUAGAUGGGCUUGACGACGAAACCACCUCCGUCAUCCAAUGGGGACGAGCUUUUACUCGGUAUGAUCAAGUCAGCGAUGGCAGAGUACGCGCCCAUUUUGCAGAUGGCACCUACGAGGAUGGCGAUCUCCUAGUUGGUGCUGAUGGUCCCAACUCGGUGGUUCGUCGUCAAUUCCUGCCAAACGUAGAACGCCUGGACCUUGGAGUAUCUGCAAUCGCCGGGCGAUACAUUCUUGACGACAAGAGGGUCGGAAAUUUCCCUCCACAAAUGAUCAACGGAGCGCUAAAUAACAUUGUACCAUCCGGCAGAGGAUGGAUGUUUAUCUCGGCGUGGCGCUCAAGACCUGCUGACGGCGACGAAUCAUCUGCACCUGAGCACUACAUUGUCUGGGCCUACAUUGCGCCAUCAGACGACAUACCACGUGGUGAAGGUCCGGUAUACGGGUCUGAAUUACAUGAGUAUGUUCUCAACUGCAUAAAAGGAUGGGCGCCAGAGUUGCGGGAGUUGGUGACGGGAAGUGAUACUUCUACCACCAAGUGCCUAUCAUUGCGUUCGAUGCCCACUCUCACAUCAUGGGAGUCAAGUAACGUAACACUCCUUGGCGAUGCAAUUCAUAAUAUGACGCCGAUGGGCGGCAUGGGAGCCAACACUGCGCUCCGCGACGCAGAUACCCUCACGCGUUGUCUUAUCGACGCUGCUGCCGGAAGGCUCUCUAUUACUGAAAGUGUUAGAACUUACGAAGAGGAAAUGAGAGUGUAUGCGAACGACGCAAUCAAGUUGUCAACAUCCAACGCGAUCAACGCUUGUAAAGGGGGUACCACACAACGCUUAGUGUUCCGAGGAUUCUUGCGUGCCGCCCAGACCUUUCCCCUCAUUAUGCGGGCCACUAUAGGACGCUCCUCAAUAAAGCAAGCAUAG